AUGAAGGAGGCAAAUGAAGAACUAUAUCCAGGAUGUAAGAAGUUUUGCAAACUGUCCUUUUUGCUGCAUAUGUAUCGUACAAAGUGCAUGUUCAAAUGGUCAAAUGAAUCUUUUAAUGCUUUGCUUGGACUAUUGAAGGAUGCGCUGCCUGAAGGGGAAAAAUUGCCUCCUUCUUUCUAUGAGACCAAAAAGAUAGUUGAAGGCUUGGGCUUAAAAUGGAAAAAUGAUGCUAGAAAAAUUCCAGCCAAGGUCCUAAGGUAUUUUCCUUUAAAACCGAGGCUACAGAGAUUGUUUAUGUCAUCAGAAACUUCCAAAGCAAUGCGAUGGCAUCAUGAAGAGCGCAACAAAGAUGGAGUUCUACGACAUCCUGCAGAUUCUGAAGGUUGGAAAAAUUUUGAUAAUAAAUAUCCUGAAUUUGCUGGAGACCCUCGCAAUGUGCGCCUAGGAUUAGCUUCUGAAGGGUUUAAUCCAUUUGGCACAAUGCGAACUGUUCACACGCUUGGAAAUAAUAUUGAUGUCUUUUUGCAACCUCUAAUAGAAGAGUUAAAUGAAUUAUGGGAUGUUGGUGUAGAAACGUACGAUGCCUCCACUAAGGAGAUAUUCCAAAUGCGAGCAGCUCUCAUGUGGACGAUAAAUGAUUUUCCAGCAUAUGGUAGUCUCUCUGGAUGGUGCACUUAUGGUAGAUUUGCAUUCCCGUCUUGUAAUAUAAACACUCAAUCUAGAAGGCUCAAACAUGGCAGAAAGUUUUGUUAUAUGGGGCAUCGCCGCUUCUUGAAGUCAGGACACAAAUAUCGGAAUGAUGCAAAAUCAUUUGAUGGGACUAAAGAAACAAGAUCUGCACCUUGUCCAGUAACUGGUUCAGUAGUGCUGAAUCAAGUUAAAGAUAUAAAAUUUACUCUUGGCCAGUCAAGUGAAGCGUAUAAAGACAACUUAGAGGCUCGAUUAGACUUGAAGGAGAUGAAAAUAAGACCAAGCUUAUGGCCUCAGUACCGAGCUAGUGGUAGAUCAUAUCUUCCUCCUACUUUUUUCACAAUGUCUCCGAUGGAAAAGGAGUUAUUUUAUGAAGUACUACAAAAUGUCAAGUUUCCAGAUGGCUAUGCGUCUAAUAUCUCACGCUGCUUUCGCAAACGAAAGAUAUCUGGGCUAAAAACUCAUGAUUGA